CGACGGUUGGAUACGUGGUGAUAGUGGGGGCACCUUCUCUCGCUCGCGAACAAUUCGCCGAAGGUUCUCCCUCCCCAUUCCACUGCCGAAAUGCAGAGCGGCGGCGGUAUUCCGGCGAUGGCCGCCCUUAGAAAAGGACCUUGGUUGGCCGAAGAAGACGAAAUCCUCCGAGAAUACGUCAAAAAUAACGGCCCUGGCGACUGGAGCUCCAUUCGAUCCAAAGGUCUUCUUCCCCGAACAGGCAAAUCCUGUCGUCUCCGCUGGGUCAACAAACUUAAACCCCACUUGAAAUCUGGAUGUAAGUUCUCUCCGGAGGAGGAGCGCGUGGUGAUUGAUUUGCAGGCGACGUUUGGGAACAAAUGGGCGCGAAUUGCAACUUAUCUUCCCGGUAGAACAGAUAACGACGUCAAGAACUUUUGGAGCACUCGCCAGAAGAGAUUGGCAAGACUGCUGCAGACUCCACUCCCGGUUAAAUCACAAAAAAGACAAGAAAGGACCCCAUUACCUCCAGAAAUGCCUAAUUUUGAGCCAAAUGUGAAUUCCGGUGUUCUUCUCUAUAAUCCUCCCUGUUCAGACUUCAUUCCAUUCACAGAACAAUAUUCAAAUAUUGAGUGCAGCCCUGAACAGAUGAUCAACCUGGAUCCAACUACACCCCACCUAGAACCAGCCAUUAUCAACAGCGAGCUCUGUGUACAGAGCAGCAGCGCACCUCAGUCGCCAUUCAACCACCCCUUACUUGAUCUCCCUCCACUUCCAGAGGGCCAGGAUCUCAUCCCGGAGUUUGAUGAUAUGAGUUUCCUUGACCAGUUUGAUUGUGAAGAAAGCUCCCAAGCCUUGCAGCUUACCGCGCAGCCGACAUUCUUUGACAUGGAUGUUGGUUGUCCAGACAUAAAAAUGGAUAUUCCAGGGACACCUGAAAGCAUCUUUGGGGACUUUCCAGCCGACAUGUUUGACUGAUUGAAUAAGCCACCAGCUUCAUAGAGGUGUCCCUGGUUUAAGGCUAGAUCUGUAGUGUUUAGAGCAAUUGUGGAUAUAUAGCAUUUCACUUAGCAUUGUUGUAGAAGUGUUCAUUUCUAUUACUGUAUUCUCUUUUAUUAGAUAUAUAUAGUGAACCUGUAGGUUUCUUUUUUUGUUGUUAAAAAUGU